CCAGCUGGGGUAUGAAAUCCAGUAAGACAGGCAGUUGGUCUGGGAGAGGAGACCACGAUCCCACCAUAGUGCUCAAUUACAGCCGCAUGCAACUCAACUCGGGGAGGAAGACUCGGCCGGGACUCAGUGAAACUGCUGCCAAACAUCAGCAGUUCGACAACAACCUGUACAACUGAUCAUGCUCCGCGUGGCCGUUUCAAGAACUUCAGGGAUCGAUCGGCAGCCAUUAUCCUCAGCGAUCCUCUUCUUGUUGGUGCUUCAGCUCAUCGCGCGCUGACAUUGUGUUAUUGGCGACAAAAUCAACAGCACUGCGGGGACGAUGGGUGGGAAGCAAUCUCGCAGUUUCUCCAACAAUGAGGUGAGUGUUCGUCAAAGCAGGAAGGCCUCUGGGAAAGGCGAGCAGCCCAGCCUGUCCUCGGCCGCCGAGAGGAUCCGCAGACACGCCACGGUGCACUUUGGCUACAGCACCCUCAGCCUGGCCAUGCGGGGCCUCGAUGUCACCCCUUCUGAGCUGUGGGAGCUCCGGGAAGUGCAGAAGCUAAACUUGUCCAUGAACUGCCUGUGCUCUCUCCCCCCUGCCCUGGGCGCUCUGGACAAUCUGGUGGUCCUCAACUUGUGGGGGAACAACCUGUCCAGCCUCCCGGCCGAGAUCGGCCUCCUGAAGAAGCUGCGUGUGCUUUUCGCCUGUCGGAACCGCCUGAGCGAGGUCCCCGAGGAGCUGGGCUCCUGUACCUGCCUGGAGGUGCUCAGUCUGGCCAAUAACCAGAUCACAGGCCUCCCCGGCAGCAUGGCAGCCCUGCACAACCUGACCAAACUCAACCUCAGCCACAACCGCAUUGCGCACAUCCCCACCUGCGUCUACUGCAUGAAGGGCCUGGUGUUUCUUCAACUGGCUUGCAACCGCCUGGAGACCAUUGCGGACCAGAUCCAGGACUUGGUUAACCUGAAGAUCCUCAUCGUGGAGGGUAACAGUAUCCACACAUUACCGAAGACGCUGUGCUUCCUGGUGUCUUUAGAACUUCUCAAUGUUGACUUCAAUGACCUGCAAAGUGUGCCGAUGGAACUGUACCUACUGAGCAGGCUCGGGAGGUUGGCCUGCCACCCAAUGGAUAAAGGGCUUCACAUUAUCCACAACCCCCUCCUGAAGCCGAUCCAGGAGGUGCUGCAAGGAGGACUCAGUGCCCUCUAUAACUACCUCAAGCCCACGUGAGGGACUACUGUGUGUGCAUUUGUGUGAGCGUGUGACUGUGAGUGUGUGUGUGUGUGUGUGUGUGCGUGCGGGUGUGCAUCUAAAAGAGUCGUAAUGGGACGUUGGCACCAGUGGUAGUCAUGCUGCGAGCCAUAUCUGUUGCCUGAUUGUAUUAAGAUACUAUCACUCAACAAAUUUGACCAGUACUCAGUUUUAAUAUUAUUAUUUAUUGUUUUAUGAUGUCAUGUAAAAGCUGGGUUACAAAUAAACAACAAGUAACUGCUG